AUGGCCUUUACCAAUUUUGAUGAAAUAUAUUAAAAUGCAAAUUAAAAUGGGUCUUUGAUUAAAUUGAGAAGCCUCACUAAUUAAACCCGAAUUUUUUUCUCAAAAAUACAAUUAUUAAAUAAUAAUUGUUAAUAUUGCUUGAAUGGCUUAAUUUGGUUGGAAUUAAUUGAUUUUGAAAAUGCAAAAAUCUCAGAAUUGUUAUGCAUGAUGAACUAACUCACAAAUUAUGGUUGUAUAUUUGCAAAAUCGGAUAACAAUAUUGGCAGUUUUAUAUCAAUAUAUCAUUCAAACUUCAUUUCUAACAAUGGGUAAAAAGGAGGAGGAGUUUAUGUAGAAAAUAUAAAAUUCUAACUUAGAAACUCCAUGUUUUUCAACAAUACUGUUUCAUAAAAGGGUGGCGGUUUCUACUUUUCAUAAGGUUCUGAAAGGUUUACAAUAAAAUAUAUAUUUAGAUGGAAAUAGCUGUUUAAAUUAAAAUAAUUUCGUCUCGUCUCUUCUCUUCUAUAAUUUUGCGAAAUAAUCUUCAAAUAAUAUAAAUGAAUUGCCAAAGCAUCUAAGUUUGUCAAUAAAUUAAAUAGAGAUGUUCUCACAAGAAAAAUUAAUUGAAGACCGUUUAUAUUAGGUUCUUUAAUUAAAACCAUACAAAAUUAUAUUAUAAGAUCAUGCUAAAUCAACAAAUUUCUUAUUUAUUCCUAGCGGUUAAUAGAUAUCAACUUAUUAGUUUUAUAAUCCGAAGCAUUAAAUAUAUUAACCUUAUAUAUUUAAUUUAAAUAUACUGCUAAAAAAUAGUAUGAAUGAAUUAUUAAUUAAUUAUUAAAAUUACUCUUGCUAUGUAGAAUAAAUAUCUUUUGAUAAUGCCUCUUAAUAAUUAAUUGAAUCUAUCCGAAUAUCAAAAUUAAAUUUUAAUUAAGAUGUCAAAGGUUUAACCUGGGUUCACUCUAAUUUGACAUAGAUCCUUAUAAGUAGGAAAACAGAAUUUAGGAAAUUUUGGUUUAUUGCAAUUCAUCAAAUUAUGAGGAUUAAUUAGCCUAUAGAAUGAG